AUGAAUAAGUACGCCAUGUUCGCUCCCGGAACCGACCGCACCAUCAGCAAGGAGGAAUGGCGCCGCCAGCAGGCGACGCUGAUUAAAGCCAUCGACCCGGAAUUCUCGGGGAGCCUCGUGUGCCCCGUUACUGUCCGCAACUGGCGGAAACUCGAGGCGAGCGCCGCCCCGUCAACCGCCGACAACGAGACGGCGGACCUGUCAGAAUUUAAUGGCAUGGCGGCUGCUGCGGAUUCGACGGCGGCGACGGUGGGAAAUUUCCCGCCAGGAACGGAGAGUAAAAGCGUGUUUCCGCCGAGCGCGGAGGGCGCUUCGGCGGGCUACUACGCGCCUUCUAUCGCGUCGUCUACUACCACUUCUUCCGUCUCCACCUUCACCGAUUCCUCCGCGUCAAGCGCGUCGCUUUCCCCCAGCCCGCCUCCCCCAAGUGCUCUCAACGUUCCCCCUUCCCCCAGUGCCGCCAACGCACCCGCUGCCGCACCCGCCGCCGCACCCGCCGCCCCCGGUAGUACCGUCUCGUCGGCCUCCAGCUCACCUGCCAACUCGGGGAAGUUCCCGCGCGCGCGCAUGUCGCUCGCGCAGCAGAUCCGCGAGCAGCAGAUCAACUCGGGCAGAUUUAAACCCAUCGUUUCGGGCAGAUUUCGCGACGGGGCGUCGGACAGUGGGCGGUUCCCCAUGUCGCCCCUGGAACCGAAUUCGGGGCCCAACUCGGGAAAGUUCUCCGCAGUUUCCCCUUCUUCCAGCCAGGGAAACUCGGGCGCGUUCCCCAGCCCCGCCGGGCACUACGCGACGAGAUCGAUGGGCGCGGACGGGGGGGGCGGCGCAAGUGGGCCGCUCGCAAUGGCGCAGCCGUCGGCGCUUUGGCGACAGAGCAGCGACGGGCAUCGCAUGGCGGGUGCGACGAUGGAACAGAGUCGCAUGGCGGGUGCGACGAUGCAGCCAGGCCAACAGGCUCCGCUGAUGGGUUUCCGCAUGGGCGCGCAGGGCAUGGGCGCGCAAGGCAUGAGCGCGCAGGGCAUGGGCGCGCAAGGCAUGAGCGCGCAGGGCAUGGGCGCGCAAGGCAUGAGCGCGCAGGGCAUGUGCGCGCAAGGCAUGGGCGCACAAAUGAUGGGCGCUCCUGGCGCGACUGUGGGCGUUGUCCCUGCGAUGAGCCCUCCUGCGAUGGGUGGUCCGUCGCAGAGCAAUAAUCUGUCGCCGCGCGAUAUGAUUCUCCUCCGCCCGAAUAAGUGGAGCGGCGCCAACGUUGCGGAUGCCCCCCUCCUCCCGACCUUCGGCUCGUGCGCUCUCUCCGAUAGUGAGUUCACCACUCUUACGUACGCCACUCUAACCUGCUUCACAAUGCUCAAGCCACGAUUCGUUCGCCUCGACCCCUCAGCUCUCUCGACCCGUUCCUACCUUCGCGUCGCGCCCGCCUAA